AUGUUUCUCCAGUUCAUUGUGCAAUUUCUGGUAGUGCUGGUUUCACUACCAUUGUCAAGGGGGCUGCAUUUUUAUUUGAAAUCUGGACAAGUUAAAUGUUUUUACGAGAACUUGUCCCUGGGUAAUCUAAUGAUUGGCGAUAUUGAUGGAUAUGUAGAAAGAGAGGACACGUUUGUGGAAGAUCCAGACUUGAGGUUGACUGUGUCUGUAGACGAAUCUUUUGACAGUAACCACAGGGUGAUGAAUCAGAAGAAUGCGCAUACGGGUGAUUUCACAUUUACCGCCCUAGAUACAGGUGAACACAGAAUCUGUAUUAUGCCGUCUUAUCCCCAAGAAGAUGCAAGAUUGAGAAUAUUCAUGGAAUUGGAUAUUACCAAUAUGCGGUUGUUGGAUACUAGAAGGAAAGACGAUGAGAGAACGGCGAAACAGAGGGUUUUACAAAUGGUACGCAGAUUGGAAGUAAUUCGUCUUGAACAAAAAGACAUAAGGAAAAAGGAAGCCCUGUUCAGAAAUCAGAGUGAGUCUGCGAAUUCAAAAAUUCUACGGUGGUCCUGCUUACAGGUUCUUGGAUUAGUGAUAAUGUGUGUUCUACAACUACGCUAUUUGAAGAAUUUCUUUGUGAAACAAAAAGUGAUAUGA